UCAAGGAAAACUAUCUCGAUGCCUAAUAACAACCCCUUGCGACCGCUGGUAGUCUUCGACCUCCUAUAAAUAAUGGCCUCAGAUCUCCUCAAAAUUCCAAAUUAAUCUAGCUUCCAGAACCAGCAACGAUCUCGUCCUCACAAUUUUCAUCUGCUCCAACCAAAGAUGGACAGCACCACCCAAGGAUCGCAGCCUCUUUACCCCUCCUUGUCCCCAACCACGCCUGAGGAAACUGCCCAAGAAGGAUCGAAGCCUCUUUACCCCUCCUUGUCCCCAAUCACGCCUGAGGAAACUGCCCAUGAACCAUUAACAUCCCUGCCUUCAUCUUCUUCACAGCAGGUCAACCCUGAAGAAGCUCAGCCUCAUCAUCAAGCCGGUCCAUCGUCAUCAGCGCCGCCUGUUCCACCGUGUAAAGAGAACGCUGAGAAGUGGGGGACACAAAUCAUGGGGCCUCCCGCAGUCCCAACAUGCCACCCAGACAACAAGAAGGCAGCGUUGUGGGGUGCUGCUCAUGAUCAGCAAAACAACCACCAUCAUCACCCUUAUCUCCAGUACAACCCCAUUGAAAAGCCGAGCAGCAGCCCUAUGGAAUCUGUUCUCCAUAUGUUCAACUCCUGGAGCAACAAGGCUGAGAGCACCGCCAACAAUAUCUGGCAUAACUUGAAAACGGGGCCAUCUGUAUCCAAAGCGGCUUGGGGGAAGGUGAAUUUGACCGCCAAAGCAAUAACAGGAGGUGGGUUUGAGUCCUUGUACAAGCAGACUUUCGCAACUCAUUCCAGCGAGAAGCUGAAGAAGUCUUUUGCCUGUUAUCUUUCCACAUCAACUGGACCAGUAGCUGGAACUCUUUAUCUCUCAAAUAUUCAUGUAGCUUUCUGCAGCGACCGCCCCUUGUCCUUCACUGCACCAUCUGGCCAGGAAACUUGGAGCUACUACAAGGUCAUGGUACCUUUGAGCAAAAUCGGUACAAUCAACCCUGUAAUCAUGAGGGAAAAUCCAUCUGAAAAGGAAAAUCCAUCUGAAAGAUAUAUCCAGACUGUCACAGUGGAUGGGCAUGAUUUCUGGUUCAUGGGUUUUGUUAAUUAUGACAAAGCAUCUCAGCAUCUCUCCGAAAGUAUGACAAAUGUUAUAGCAACUGACAUAGCAGUACAGCCGCCCGUUGCAUAACAUAAGAGUGGAUUAUUGUCUUCCUUUUUAAGUUUUCUUGGACUCCAGCCUUUUUCUGAUAUGAGAGAUCGUCUUCUCUUCCAUAUUUUCCCCUUUCUUUUCAAAUUUUUGAUAUAUAUAAUAUACGUGUGUAAUAAUGACAUAGCUAUGUUUCACGGGUUUUUUUUUUUUAAUAUAUAUAACAUUUUAUUCUCAUUGAA